UUGAGAAGAAGAAGAAAAAAGGGAAGAAAAAAAGAGAAGAGAAGAGAGAGCUAAAAAGGAUGGCCUCUCGCCCUCUAAUCCUAUUAUGCCUCCUCUCAGAUCUUAGAUUCUCAUAAUUUCCCAUCUGGGUUCUCUUCAUUUGGAAUCCUGUGAUUGCUUGUCGAUCGGUAAUCCUGGGAUUGAAUCCGAGGAUACCCAUUUUGAUAUAUAACAAGAAGAGAAUUUCGGCUUCCUUGUGAAUUAUCCGUUUUAAGGAUUUAUUUUUUUUAAUGGAAAUCUUGAGCUGAAUGGAAAUGGAGCCCGGCAAGCUUUUCAUUGGCGGUAUAUCUUGGGACACAACUGAGGACCGUCUUAGGGAGUAUUUCCAGUCUUUUGGAGACGUGGUGGAGGCGGUGAUAAUGAAGGAUCGAGCCACAGGCCGUGCUCGCGGAUUCGGUUUUAUCGUAUUUGCUGAUCCUACUGUUGCAGAGAAAGUUGUUACAGAGAAGCACGUCAUAGAUAGUAGAUUUGUUGAAGCCAAAAAAGCAGUUCCUAGGGAUGAUCAGAACAUUCUCAACAGAAAUAACAGCAGCAUUCAGGGGUCACCAGGUCCUGCCCGCACAAAGAAGAUAUUUGUAGGAGGUUUAGCAUCGACAGUAACUGAGAGUGACUUUAAGAAGUAUUUUGAUCAAUUUGGGACAAUUACCGAUGUUGUUGUCAUGUAUGACCACAAUACACAAAGGCCUAGAGGUUUUGGGUUCAUUACAUAUGAUUCAGAGGAUGCAGUAGAUAAAGUGUUGUACAAAACCUUCCAUGAGCUGAAUGGUAAGAUGGUUGAGGUUAAGCGGGCUGUUCCAAAGGAAUUAUCCCCGGGGCCAAGUCGGGGCCAGUUAGGUGUAUAUAACCAUGGUCUGGGUAGAGUUAGUAGCUUCCUUAAUGGUUAUUCUCAGGGUUAUAAUUUAAACUCAGUUGGAGGGUAUGGUAGACUUAGUCCAGUUACGGUUGGUCGAAAUGGAUUUUCCCCCUUCGGUCCUGGUUAUGGGGUGGGUGUGAAUUUUGAGACAGGGUUGAGUCCAAGCUAUGGAGUUAAUGCAAACCUCAGUUCUAACCUCAACUUUGGACGGGGAUUGAGCCCCUCAUAUAGUAGUAGCUCAAACAGAUUUGGUAGCACCCCUGGCUAUGGUGGUGGCAAUGAAGGAAAUAGCUCUAUCCUAAGUACAACAGGUCGGAAUUUUUGGGGGAAUGGCAAUCUGAGCUAUCCUACAAACUCUGCAAACUCAAGUGCUUUUAUAGGUUCUGCUGGUGGCAACACAGGAGUGGGUUCUUUGGGCAGUAUUGGAGCACUUUGGGGCUCCUCCCCUAAUCCAAGUCAAGGUGGAGGUGCUGGUUCAAACUAUAAUACUGGCAGUCUCGUUUAUGGCAGCGGAGAUGUUCGGUUUCGAUCUGGAGGUUUAGGCUAUGGGAGAAACGGUGGAAGUGUAGCACCGGGAUCAUCAUAUGGUGCAAAUGGUGGUUAUGAUGGGGCUCAUUCAGAUAUUUAUGAUGGUGGUGCACUCUAUGGGGAUUCCACUUGGAAAUCCUCACAAUCAGAGCUGGAUGGGUCUGGCUCAUUUGGAUUUGGGCUUGGAAAUGGAGCUUCAGAUGUCAUGAGCAAAAAUUCUGGUUACAUUGGUGGUUAUGGGGUUACUGCUAGACAGUCUACUCGAGGAAUUGCUGCCUAGGAAGUUUAUGAGAUUGGUGUCUAAAGGCGCUACAUUAUAGGUGGAAGUGUAUUCGCUGGGCAGGUGGGAUGUUGAGAAACUACAUUUUUACGACAAUAUGAUUAGAGCUAAUUGGUUCUCCUGUUAUUGAAGAAGUAAUUAUAGAGAGCAGUUCACAAAAGGAUUUCGGUGAAAGGUUUGAGAUCGAGUUUGGCAUAGGUUUCCUCUGUUUGGAUUUCGUUUGAGGUGUAUAACCAGAUUGCGGAGUGUACGCAGAACUGUUGUAUCAUGUGUCUCAGAUGAGAGAGUUAGAGAGAGAGAGAGAGAAAGAGCGAUACAUAAAAAGGAAGUGUUUUCUUUUCUUCUUUUCCUAUCUUUCUCUGCUGUAAUAUCCAGCGUAUUUGUUUGUUUUGUCAGUCAGGUAUUUUUACUCUGAUUUUUUGUUCACCUCUCUUUGGUUCUGUUGUUGAGCAGAUCAUAUGAAGUGUCUGAUUGUUUACUAAGUGUGGUACAAUACUGAAAAUAAGUCGCGCCUAGUUAAAAUGUUCACGAUACAUGACGACUUGGUCUUCACCACUCUCACUUUUCCUUGUUAGAUAGGUUCUUAUACUUUCUUACUUUGUUGAAGAAUGGAAGAAUGCAACUCAUUUUCCAUUUUAUUAU